CUCGUUAAAGAAAACUGAGGCAGUGCGGAAGUGAGACACACAAGUAGGCUACACAAAGGACGCGUGAAAGGCAUAAACAGAGCACAAAACAACCCUCCGAUCAAACAACGAGAUUUAACUACAGUAUACAGCAUGGCCACUACAGAAACGGUAUACAACGCCACCACCACAACAGAGCAGAUUCCCAAAACUAGAAAAUGGUUAAACGUGCCAUCAGAGAAUCUGGAGAAAAUUCGAUUUGUGAUCAAAGUGAUUGAAGUGCUGCUUUCGUUCGUGGCGUUUGUGAUGGAGGAGGUCGUGUCCAACUGUUCACAAUGUGGACCGCUCUACUUCUUUGAAUUUGUCAGUUGCACAGCCUUCCUCUUCACUCUGUUGCUCCUCAUCCUCCUGGCUACAACGUUGCACCAGAGAGUCGGAAUUAACAGCUGGCCUACUCUGGAUUUUGGAUACACAACAGCUAUGGCAUUUCUGUUCCUCCUUGCCAGCAUUGUGUUUGCGGCAGACAAUGGUCAGACGAGCCUGGAGCAGGGCACUGUGGCAUUUGGUUUCAUGGCCACGAUAGCCUUCUUUGUUGACUUUGGCUACUUUUUGAAAACUCGCGGUAUUCCUUGCCGAAAGGGAAGCAACCAACCAACAGACACAGCAAGACCAGAGAUUGAGAAACUUAAUUCUAAUGGAACUGAAUGAGCCUUGCUAGUGUUUUCACCAGCAAACUGCUGUUGUAUUCAAAAGCUUUUUUCCCCUUUUGACAAACAAUUUUUUAUACAUGAGAAAUGUUUUUUUUUUUUACCCAAAGCAAAAAAUGUCUUAAUAAUUCCAUUUCAGUCAGUUACUAACUGGCAUGUUGGACCAGUUUUAUAUUGUGCCUUAGCUGUUUUUAUAUUUUUACACAAGUCUUAAUUUCACGGUUGAAGUAGGAGAUCAUUCAUAUCUAGAGGUUUCUCGGUUUGGGAAUCUUCUAUUAUUUUGUAAUGACAAUUUUUACACUGAAAAACAAAAAAGUACAGCCUACAAAUGAAGUUUUUGGCCCUAACAGAAGUAUGUUUUCUGCGUCAUUGUACUCUUAUCUUAUGAGUUAACAAGUACAAAAAGAUGCACUGUAUUUUUAAAAGAAGUACUCAUUCCUGAUGCUUUUGUAGCUAUAUGUCCUUAAAAAUAUAUAUUUUGGUAAAAAAACAGGAUUCAAUCAUGUUGAAACGAAUGAUUUAAAAUUACCUGUUUUAUGACCGGAAUAUGGAUAUAGUAUUGGAUACGAGGCUAAAACAAAUCAUGAAAUAAUCUUGUGGGACAGGUAAAUAUUGCACUGUAUACACAAAUGUCCUUAAGUCAGUUUUACUGUUGAAUGUGGUGACAACAAGACAUUGUUUUUAUGGCCCUGUGACUAUCAUAUUUCGCUGUGCAAGGGAUGUUAGGGGUGUACAGUAAUAGAUUGUUUUUUUUAUUGAAAUAAUCUGUCAUUUUUGUAUUGUGUGGAACUAGAAAUGUUGUAUAUUUUUCUCUUGUGCUUUAUCUCGUUCCAUGUAAGCCCAGCUUGUGUUUUUGUUAGGGAGGAAGUGCUUUAAAUAUGAUUCCAAACAGAUGUCUUUAUUCGGAGGUAUGCGCGUGAAAGGCCCAAAUGUGUUUGUUUAAAUGCCCGCGGAGAUGAACGGACUGCAAGUUUUCCAAGACACUAAUCUGCCUUCCGCUUCCUGUGUUGUGACUGACUGCUGCUUUCUGUGUUAAAGGUGGAAUACCUAAGAUUUUUGCAUUAAAAUA